CGGAGGAAGGGGGAACUUGCAGAGAAGGGCAGAGAUCAGAUGGGAAUAAUCAAGAGCUGCUUCUCCCUCUUAUUGGGUACUGCUUUCGGCGUUUACUUGGCUCAGAACUACAACGUCCCCAACAUCAGGAAGCUCACCAACACUAGUCUCGUCGUCGCCAAGCACAUCGAGGAGAAUUAUCGCAAACCCAAGAAGGACGACGCUGAAUGAUUCGGUGAGCCUGUAGAGAAAGAGAGACGAGUAGAAGUGGUGCCUCGAAGCAUGGUUUGGUGGAGAGUAUUGGUUUGAUUUUCUCACUAGGAAGUUGAUUUAACUUCAAAAGGUUUUAUGUAAUUUACAUAUUCUCUGGAUCCAUUGAAGUUAUCAAUGGGAUUAAUGGUUUUGCUUCAAUUCUUGUUUGAUUAAUGUCACUACACUGAUUUAAACACGGUACUGUACAUGUCAUGAUCAUAUACUCUUUUUUGUUUCCUUGGCAAAAGAUGUAAUAACCACAAACCUCUGCUAAUAUCUUGUUUGAUUUAAAGGAUUAUAG